AUGCUGACAUUAUUAACAAGAAGUGGAGCACAAAGCAGACUGGUCCCAAUCAUUCGACGCAGUUCCAACAUCAUUGUUCGCACCAACUUUAACAACAAUGAGGAUAUAGUACAGUUGAACAAGAAUACAGUGCAUCGUUGUUAUUCGACUACACCUACAAACUCAUCGACAAGUACUUUGUUUGAAAAGGCAGAGGCAACAACUCAAUCAAUACAUAGUGCAUUGCAACAUGAUGUUGUUGCAGCAAAGGAGGGACCACUGCAUAAUUACGACCAGUUGAUAAGCAGUGGCAAGAUCAAGGUUGACAAGUAUCAGCGCGAGACUGUCAAGCUGUUACAGAACCUCUACAAUCAAAUCAAAGACUACAAUCCAGUAUCAUCGGACGAUUCUGACAGUGGCAAUUUCUCAAAGUGGGUGUCCAAACUAUCUAUCCUGUCAUCCAAGCCAUCGUCACCAUCAUCAAAGAAUCAGAUCAAGGGCAUAUAUCUUUAUGGCGAUGUUGGAUGUGGCAAAUCAUUCCUCAUGGACUUAUUCUACGACUCUGUCCCCAUUCACAAGAAGAAGAGAAUACAUUUCCAUCACUUCAUGCUCGACGUACAUAAGAGAAUACACAAGUGGAGACAGACCAAGUCUGAUGAUGAGACCGACCCCAUCCCACCACUUUCCAAACAGUUGACGGACGAGGCAUGGCUAUUAUGUUUCGAUGAGUUCCAAGUGACAGACGUGUCAGAUGCAAUGAUAUUGAAACGUUUGUUUGCUUGUAUGUUUGAUAAUGGUGCCAUCUUGGUGACAACAUCCAACAGGCAUCCAAACGACCUAUACAAGAAUGGAUUGAAUAGACAACUAUUCGUACCAUUCAUUCACUUCUUGGAGUCCAAGUGUCUUGUCCACAACCUAAACUCUGGUCUAGACUAUCGAUUGACAGGCAAGCGAUCAAAGAAUGUUUAUCUAACUCCACUCACUCCAGAGAACAAGGAGAAGUUCUAUCAUUUGUUUGAUGAACUGCGCCAGGGCGAAGAGGUAGUCAGCGAGACUAUCACUAUUAAUGCGUCAAGACAAUUGGUUGUCCCAAGAAGUGCUAGGGGCAUUGCUCUUUAUCGAUUCAAAGAGCUGUGCGAUGCAGCAUUGGGCGCAGCCGACUAUAUUGCCAUUUCAAAACAAUUCCAUACUGUAUUUAUCGAGGACGUUCCAUCGAUGAACGAGUCCACCAAGAACCAGGCAAGACGAUUCAUCACACUGGUCGACGUACUAUAUGAACACAAGGUCAAGUUGAUCAUCUGCGCAGAGGCCGCACCAUCACGUCUGUUCAUGUCCAAUGCUGAGGACGUCGAUACUACUACCGCAGAGUUUAGACAGAUGACCGACGACCUCAAACUGACACCUGAGCAGUUGUCCAGGUUCACUGGUGAGGAAGAGCGAUUUAUGUUUAGCAGGGCUGUGUCCCGUAUGGUGGAGAUGCAAUCAGACUCCUAUCUGAGUGCGCACCACAAUCCUCCAAAGUAA